UUGGCAACGCGGCAGAUUGCGGCGUCAACGUUGCUAAGCAACGUUGCGAUGAGCUUCACCACCCAGCCGUCUUCUAUCUCUUUCUAAAAUAAGUGUCUAUACACACUUCUUUCUUGUACACAUUGAACUCAAGCCGUCAGACAAUUUGGGUUUUCAGUGUAUAUCUCGAAAAGUACUGCAUGGAUUCUUGACGGAAGCUAAUUACCAUGCCAAGGACGAAUUCUUUUCUUUUUGUUAUAAGUAAACAUAUUUUUUUGUUUAGUUAAAAUAUUUGCUGGUAUAAUAAACAGUCAUUAAUUGAGCCAUUUGGUGAUCAGGACAUGGGCCCUCCACCGUAUCCCGACUUAGGCAAACGCGCCAAGGAUGUAUUCAACAAAGGCUACCACUUUGGCCUGCUUAAGUUGGACUGCAAGACAAAAACAUCUGGCGGCGUCCAAUUCAAUACCGGUGGCACGUCGAAUCAGGAGUCCGGCAAGGUACAUGGAUCCUUGGAAACCAAGUAUACCGUCAAGGAGUACGGCAUUACAUUCACCGAGAAAUGGACCACCGAAAAUACCCUUGGUACAGAGGUCAGCAUCCAGGACCAGAUAUUGAAGGGGCUCAAGCUCGGCGGACAGAUCAGCUUCUGCCCGCAAACCGGCUACAAAUCUGCGAAGCUGAUAUCGGCCUUCCAAAAUGCUCGCGUGGCGAUGAACUUCGAUAUAGACUUGGAUCAGAAUGGCCCCAACAUCUUGGGUUCGGCCGUGGUGGCCCAUCAAGGUUGGUUAGCCGGGUAUCAGGCCGGAUUCGAUGCCAAUCAAUCUAAGCUUACCAAGAGCAACUUUGCCCUCGGAUUCGCCACGAAUGAGUUUGUGCUGCAUACCUCUGUCGAGGACGGUCAGACAUUCGGCGGUUCCAUCUACCAGAAGCUCAGCCCUAAGCUGGAGACGGGCAUCAAUCUAGCGUGGUCUGCUGGCAGCCACAACACCAAAUUUGGCAUCGGUGCUAAGUUCGAUCUUGAUGCGGACGCGGCAGUGAGGGCGAAGGUCGACAACGCCUGCCAGGUCGGACUGGGGUACCAACAACGUCUACGUGAAGGUGUCACCUUAACAUUGUCUGCUUUAAUCGACGGAAAGAACUUCAACAAUGGUGGACACAAGGUCGGUUUAGCUCUCGAAUUGGAGGCUUAAUCAAGACAUUUCACCCUGAUCCGCACUGUGUUAGCGCCACCCCACGUAUUUAAGCUGCUGUAUUGUAGAUAUAUGAUUGAUUGUUUUAAAAGGGACUUUUUAGUAUUAAUCAAAGAUACGUCAUCUUUAUUUGUCCGCAUAUAUAUUGAUUUACAUCAAAGUUUUGAUUUUUUACAUAUAUAUUGUAUAUACAAAUAAUAUUUUUAACAAAAAUUGUAGCAAUUUGCUCUUGACUGUUUUCUCGAUGUUGGAAGGGCAUGUGUAAAGUAUUUGGCAAAUUCAUUAUAUGUCGAAUAAAGUAUUAUGAAAAUCGUUGAAAAAGUGAAGAGCUGCAUCUACUUUUACUUUGGUGUAUACGUUGCUUUAUUUCGGUGGAAAAAUCAUGCGAUAAAAGUGUUAAACAUUCUCAAAUACAGAUUUACAAUUUAACAUGAUUUUUAUUUGGUCCACCUAAAAAGUCGUUAUAUCAAUGAGCAAAGAGAAC